CGAGAGCGAAGUGGACGACUUCGCGAAGACCUACCUCCAUCUCUCCUCUCGUCUUCCACAUGCGGAGGUGCCGAUCGGGUUGACAGCGUGUUCGUAGCACUUACGAUAGCGAGAGGAGGUGAUUCGGUGAGGCAUGCAGACGGAUCGGACGGACAACAGCUUGAGGCCCAGCAGCAGCGGCGGGACCCGAGGCAGCGGAAGCCUCCCCCCCGGGUUCGAUACGGCCGCCUCCAAUCUUCCCGUCCUCGGCCCACGUGGCGAUGCCGGCGCCCCCCUCCCGCUCAAGGCUAUGCAGACCUCAGGAGACAUUCUAAAACUCAAACAGGAGAUUGAGCCAGAAUUGUUUCUGGAUGAUGAAAGUUGGGGCCUUAGUGAUGCUAAUUCGGCAAGUCAAGCACAAGGUCAUUAUUCUGGAUCAGGCAGUCAUGAUUGGCAUGGCCGUUCAGGACAAUCUACUUUAUUUGGAGAUGUGAAGUCUUGGGAUACAAUUUAUGGGAAUAAAGAAUCAAGUCAGCUGAACUCAGGACAUGAAAAAACAUGGCGAUUAAGUAAGCGGGGCUCACAGUUUCCAUCAAGCUAUCAAGUUUCUUCAACUCAGGUAGGAACUGCCCCUGCUCUACAUAAGGCUGAAGUGGCAUGGUCAGCACGAAGAGGCAAUCUUAGACAAAAAGAGCACGUGCUGAAAACAGUAAAAUGUAUAUUGAACAAGCUGACACCAGAAAAGUAUGAUGUUCUCAAGGGCCAAAUAAUUAAUGCUGGAAUUACUACACCCGAUAUUCUUAAGGUUAUGAUCUCUCCCUAACUUUAUACGAU